AUGCAAGAAGAGAGCAAAUAUGGGGUGCUUUGUUUUUGCGUGUCACCCCGAAUCUUUGAUGAAUUCACGUCAAUCUCCGAGUUUAGCACUCAUUUCAGCAAAUUACUUGCCGUGCCGAAAUCUUGAGUGAGCUUUCCACGUUUUCGCUCAUUCGAUUUCGGUAAUUUUCAGUAAUGGCAGUCGCGAAGCAGCCGCCUGGCGUGCAAGCCCCUCCCGAGGGAAUGUCUCGCGGAAUCCGAGCGAUUUUUGUCGGGCCGCCCGGAUCCGGAAAGGGAACUCAGGCGCCCGCUUUCGCGCAGAAAUACUUCUCCUGCCACCUGGCGACCGGCGAUUUGCUCCGCGCGGAAGUCGCAUCGGGCUCCGAGUUCGGAAAAGAGUUGAAGGCGACGAUGGAUGCGGGCAAACUGGUCAGCGACGACGUCGUCUGCAAGCUGAUUGAGCAGAAGCUGGACAAGCCCGAGUGCAAGUACGGGUUUAUUCUCGACGGGUUUCCGCGCACGACCGGUCAGGCCGAGAAACUCGAUCAGAUUCUGAAGCGCCGGAACACGCCGUUGGACACGGUCAUCGAGUUCAACAUCGCCGACGAUCUGCUCGUCCGUCGCAUCACCGGCCGCCUCUUCCACAUCGCUUCCGGUCGCAGUUACCAUUUGGAAUUUCAGCCGCCGAAAGUGCCGAUGAAGGACGACGUGACCGGAGAGCCGUUGAUCCGCCGUUCCGAUGAUAACGAGGAGACUCUUCGCAAGCGUCUCGUUCAGUAUCAUCAAAUGGUGAUUACUCACCAUUCUCGUUUUCUGUAAAAGGCAUUUUAUUUUUUCAGACCGUCCCGCUAAUUGAUUACUACAAAAAGAGUGGAGUGCACGUGGCUGUCGACGCGUCGAAGCCGAUGAAUGAAGUGAAAGGGCACAUCGAGCAAGUGUUCGCCAAGUACACUCAGAAAAAAAGAUAG